UCUGGGGACUUACCUCAAUCCUUUUGUCCUCAACCAUCAUAUCUUUUAUCCAUCCAGGAGCAAGAUUCCUGUCCCUUCUUCAACAGGUAUACCACACACGUUCCGAUCAUUCGAAUACAAUGCGAACGCCAGACGCAUCCUCGACGAAUCUUCCAGAAAAUGUCCGAGCCGCUUUGGAGGCGAAUGCCAUGAUGGAACCGCCGCGCCCAGCAUACUGCCGUAGCGAAAAGGACUACGACUUCAAGUCCUCAUCCUGUACCAGCUUCGAUGAGAAAAGCACGCCAUCGACAGUCUCGCUGUCCGAAAAGACGGAAGUUGCCGAGGCCAAUGCCAACGAAUGGGUUCGGGGGGUCGGGUUCUGGCGGUGCUUCAUUGGGCUCUGUGUCCCCAUCCUACUCUCAGCCUUUGAGGGAAGCGUGGUGAGCACCGCCCUGCCGACAAUCUCACGGGACCUGGGCCUUGGGCCAAACUCAUCAUGGGUUGCCACGGCGUUCCUGCUAGCGUCCAUCAUUUGCCAGCCCUUGUACGGCCAACUAGCCGACAUCUGGGGCCGCCGACAUCUCAUGAUGGUGGCGGUGGUUAUCUUUGGAGCUGGCAGCGCCGUCUCAGGAUUUGCUAGCUCAGGGGCCGUCCUGAUCUUUGGCCGCAUCUUUCAAGGCCUUGGAUCGGGUGGCAUUGACUUGUUUGCAGAGCUGAUCCUUUGCGACAUCAUUCCGCUCAAACGAAGAGGUCACUACGUCGCAAUCAAGGCUGCCGUGUAUGCUCUAGGCACCACUGUAGGCCCUGUCCUCGGUGGCAUCUUUGCUGAGGUCGGCUGGAGAUGGUGCUUUGGCGUCAACAUCCCGGUGUGCGCGAUAUCCCUUGUCAUGAUGUGGAUGUGGCUUCAGGUCAGCAGCGGCUGCUCGACAGACAGCGGCAAGCUGACAAUCUUUAAGCAACUCGGGCGAGUGGACUUUCCUGGGAUCGGGUUGUUGACGUCUUCCGUUGUGUUCCUUCUCUUCUCGCUCACACUCGGCGGGGCGGCCUACGCCUGGACAUCCCCAAUGGUACUUGGCACUGGCGCCGCGGGUCUCACAGGGGUCCUCUGCUUUGCACUUUGGGAGCGUUGCCGAUGGUGUGAACACCCCAUCAUGCCUCCACACGUGUUCUCCAACCGGACAACCGUUGCCGGCUUCACCGUCACCAUCAUCCACGGAUUCCUGACAUAUGGUUACCAGUUCUACUUGCCACCGUUCUUCCAGGCCGUGCUGAACGCCUCUCCUACCAAGUCGGGUGUUCUCAUCCUGCCCUGCACUUUGACGAUCGUGGUGCUGUCCGCCGUCAGUGGACCGUUACUGGCAAAGUUUGGCAGAUAUCGGCUCAUGCACCAAGCUGGGUUUGCUCUCAUGUUGGUCGGAUUCGCAUUCUGCGUCGCGUACGCCGAGAAGGCGAAGGUGGCGGAGUGGAUCGUGUUCUCCUUCCUUGUCGGUAUCGGAUCCGGAAUCAUUGUGUCGACGACGCUUCCCAGCGUGCUGGUCGAGCUCACAGACAAGGAGAAUGCGGCGGCGACCGGAUCAUGGGCAUUCCUGCGUGGACUUGGGUCGCUUCUUGGCGUGGCUGUCCCCAAUGCUGCCUUCAAUGCCCAGGUGACAACUCUCCUGCACACCAUUACCAACAAGGAGGCACAGGAGGCGCUGACCCAGGGACGGGCAUACGAGCAUGCUUCGGCCCAGUUCGUCAGCAGCUUUGGGGAGGAGGUCAAGGCCCAGAUCGUGUCACUGUUUGCCCUGGGGUUAAGGGCGCCGUGGAUCAUCUUUCUGGGUCUCGCAGGGGUCGGCUUGCUCGUCACACUGCUGGAGAGACAGGUGAAACUGAGGAGGGGCCUCGAUAGCGACUUUGACCUGAAGCACAAGGUCGAGUCCUCGGAGGUUACUCGAGAGGUGAUUAGUUCGAAGGACACCGACAUGGCUUAAGGGAUGGUAGAUGAAGGAGGAGGUUGGCGGAGAGUGUAAAGGUAAACGGCCACAAGAAAGAAAAAAGAGAGAGAUGGAGGGUCAG